AUGGCCGGUGUGCAGGGUGGUGAGGGUGACGACGACGAGUUUUUCAAGAGCGUCUACGCCAAGGGCUACACAGCGCCCGCGCAGGCGCACGCGGCGGUCAAGGCGGAGAAGCGGAAGGGCGGGGACGAUGCGGAGGUCGGCAGGCAGCGCGAGGAUGCGGGGACGGACGUACCGACAGAUUUCGGCGGGAAGUACAGCAAGGCGUGGGAGGCGAAGGCGAAGGCGGCGGAGCGCAACUGGAAGAAGCGGCGCGAAGACGACCUCACAUGCAAGAUCUGCGGAGAGGCGGGGCACCCCACUCAGGGUUGCCCCACCACUCUCGGCGGGGGCGGAGGUGGAGGGUUUGGCGGGGAGGGGGGCGGGCGGGGGGGCGGCGGAAAGCGCCAUGCGCCGUCCGCGGCGCACCCGUUCGCAAUCAGCAUCGGGGUGGCGGACCGGCGCAUGCGGUCGCGGAUAAUCGGCACGGCGGGCAUGGUGGUGCAGGGCCUGGAGAAGCAGACCAACUGCCGCAUCCAGCUCGAAGACGAUCUCGCCGUCGGCGACGGCGCGUUUAUCGUUAAGAUUUCUGCGACCGAUCGCGACACGCUCGCGGCGGGGGAGAGCGUGGUGCGCGGGUAUAUUGAGCAGCUGCAAUUGGAUAGUUUGCGGAAGGGCGGCGGGAUACUGGGCGGGCCGGCGGCAGUGCAGAUGGCGCUGACGGCGCUGGCGCACGACCCCGCGCAGCAGCAGCUGCAGCAGCAGCAGCGCAUGUGGGCGGCGGCGACGGCGGAGGUGGCGGGGGAGGCGGAGAUGGUGAUUGGGGGGGAGGCGGAGGACGCGACGCUGAGGCUGAUCGCGGCGCAGCUCGAGGCGCAGCGGCAGGCGGGCGGAGCGAUGGUGGGCGUAGCGGGGAUGGCGGCGGAUGGGGGGCCGCUGGUCGCAGUGAGGCCCAUGGGGGGGAUGGGCGCGGUUGGCCCCAUGGGGCCGAUGGGGGCGAUGGGGGCGAUGGGACCGAUGGGAGCGAUGGGAGCGAUGCUGCCUGGGAGCGCCAUGGGCGCGUAUGGGGGACAGGUAGAAUCGAGUGGUAUGGGUGGUGCAGGCAUGCCGAUGCUGCAGCUGCCGCCGCAGGGCCCGCUGCCGUCGUCCGUGGAGGAGCUAGAGGCUGUGGUGGCGGCGGAGGCGAGCGCGCUGCAGCAGGCGCAGGCGCGCGAGGAGAAGGAGGAGACGGACCGCCACACUCUGGUGCGCACAUGGCUGGAUGGGAGGCGACGGGGGAAAAGAUGGGGGAAGAGAGAGGGUGGGGGGGUGGGUGGGGAUGGGAAGUUAGGGAACGCCGCAGGUCCAGUUGCCUCUCUCAACCACACAUUCCUCCUCAUCCUCUAUCUGCCCGCCAUUCUGUCCCCUACCCUUCCCCCCCCCUCCCCCCGGCAGCGCAUGGAGGAGAUCCGCGGGCGGUUCACAGCGCUGGCGUCAAGCCUGUCGUCGCGGCAGGCACAGCAGCGCGCCCAGGGUCAGGGAGUGGGUCAGGGAGGAGGGGGGUACGGCUAUGAGGGCUAUGGGCAGCAGCAGACUGGCAACCAGGGUUGGCAGCAGCACCAGCAGCAGCCUCCGCCACAGGAGCAGCUGCAGCAGCAGCAGCAGCAGCAGCAGGGCGCACAGCACAGCUACGGAGGGCAGGGUGGAGCAAACGAGUACAGCCAGAACCCAGGUUAUGGCUACUCGGCCCCUACGUCCAACUCUUCUGCUGCUGCUCCCCCUGCUGGCAGUGCAUGGAACCAGCCUGCACCCCAUGCCGAGGCUUAUGGCGGUGGGUACUCUGCUCCUGGUGCAGCACCAGCAGGGGGCGCUGCUCCUGGCUACAAUUAUCACCAGCAACAGCAACACCAGCACCAGCACCAGCAGCAGUACCCCCCCGGUGCCAACCCUUCGCCAGGUGCAGGGGCAGCUGGGCCAGGAGCGCCAGGUGCUGGGCAGUACCAGUCGUAUGAAGCAAACGGUUACCAGCAACCACCUGCCCCUGGUGCAGCCAAUGCAGGCUAUUAUUCUGGUUAUGGCAGCGGGCAGCAAGGUCCAAAUGCGGGGGCACCAGGUGCAGGACCUCCUCCAGGAGGUUAUUAUGGCGCCGUGCGCCACCGCAAGGGCGGAGAGACAGCCGUGGCGGCAUUCCCGAGGGCAGUCAGCGGACCGGAACGACCAACCAAACCCGAGGCCAGUCAGAAGCGGCGGCAAAAGUGUAGUCAGGCGUGCGCACCUGGCACCCGCCUGACCCACAUCACCCGCCUCGCCCGCCCCUCCUCCCCCAACUCCACGCAGCUCUCUCUGCUCAAUGCCUCGCUGUUCCUCUUCUUCCCUCCUCCCACGGGUCAGUGUCCCAAGUUCGUCUCAGUCUCGGAUGUGAUCAACGUGUCGUAUCUACUCAUAGCCACCGGGGUAGUGUACCUGGGGUUACUGGUAGUAGGCGGCGGGUCGGAGGCGCGGACGGAGUGGGACACGGGGAACAUCGACGCGGUGGAUCAGGACAUGUUUCGGCGAGCCAUGGAGCAGCCCACGCAGACGGAUCUCGCGGCCGUGCAGCCCAAGAUCGCGUUCCUCUUUCUCGUCAGAGGACCGCUUCCGCUCGAGCGAGUCUGGCAAAGAUUCUUCCAGGGCCACGAGGGGCGCUACUCCAUCUACAUCCACGCCUCCACCGCCGAUUACGAAUGCGACAAGCACGUCAACUCUUCCGUCUUUCGCGGCCGCCAAAUACCCAGCGUUCCUAUCACGUGGGGCGGUCCCAACCUCAUCCGCGCGGAGCGCCGGCUGCUCGCCGCGGCGCUUGCGGAUCCCGCCAACCAGCGCUUCGUUCUGCUGUCGGAGUCGUGUCUGCCGCUGUUCAACUUCACGCACGUCUUCGACUACCUCAUGGCGUCCGACAAGAGCUUCGUUACAAGCCAUGCGAGCGUGUGGCGGUACCGCAAGGAGAUGGCGCCGGUCAUCAAGGGCCAGGACUUUAAAAAGGGAUCGCAGGCACCUCUGCUGCGGCUCAACUUGGACUAUCCUCCCGCCCUGUGGCUUACACCUGUUCCCCUCCCGCCCACCUUCCGUGCGCGUGUACGUGUGCAGUGGUUCGCGCUGACGCGAGCGCAUGCAGCAAAGGUGGUGGAGGACAGCAAGUUCUACGAGACCUUCGUCAAAACUAACGCUGAGGUGCGCCCCACUGCCCCCAUGCGCCUCUCACAUGUUCCCCACUCCCACGCUGCAUCAUCGCCCAUUUCGCCUUUGAGCCUCGCCCUUCCCUCCACCCAGACUAGCUUGCUUGCUUACACUCGCAUUCUUCCUGCCCUCGGUCUCUCCAUGCGUGUCUUGCCUGUGCGCUGCUUGCAGAUUCCCGACGAGAGCUACAUUCAAACCAUCCUUGCUAUGCUGGACCGGAAGGCGGUGGAGCCGCGCAGUGUGCUGUACGUGCACUGGUUCACGUCCUCGUCCAGCCACCCCAUGAGCUACAGCACGAGUCAAGUCACCAGGGAAUUCAUCCUCUCCUUGCAAGUACGUCCCCACCCCUCCAUCUCUUCACCUGCCUGCCAGUCCUUGAUGAGUCCUGUCUGUGCCUUUUGGUUCUGUCUUGACCGGUUCAACUGA